GGUUUUAUCGUCUACUGUAUAAAAGGAAUGAAUUUGCUCGUCGCCGAUUUCUGGAGCAGUUCGCGCCUCGCCGAGGUUUCCGCUGAUUGCUGCGUCGCCUAAUCUGCUUCCUCGGGUUACAGUUGCUGUGGAUAAUGUUGUCUCUUGAAGACUCCGAUGAUGAGGAGGUUGCCCCGCAAUCCAUUGCAAAUUACUAUUUUGUAGAUGACGAUGAGUCACCUAUUUCGUUCUCAGUUUUACCCCUCCAUUUCGAUGACGGGCAGAAGCAGGAUGUUGCCGACAAUGCCGUUUUCUUGCACGGAACAACUGAUGGUGGCCUUCAGAAAGUCUACAAACGAGUUAUUGGCUGGAAGCUGGUAUUUGAAGAUGUGGAACCCAAGAUUAUGGUCCUUUCCAAAGACAAAAAGUGGAUAAGUCUUGUGAAACCUAGAAACAGUUAUUAUGAGGACACCAUUAGGACAAUAAUGAUCACUGUGCAUUUGCUUCAUUUUCUGAGGAAAAACCCACAAGCUACAAAAAGGAGCCUUCGGAAACAUUUACGCACUGUUUUCAGCACAUUUGAUGUUAGACCUUCUCACAAUGAUGUCAGGGAACAUGUUUUUCUAAUGAAACUAUUUAGUGCGAGGGAUGAAACUUUAGCAAAUUCAGAGUUGUUUCAAGGGUUCAUCAUGGACAAGCCGAGGAAAAGGUUUAGUGAGGAUGAUCAAGAUGCUUCUGAUGUGAAGCAAUCGUUUAUUGUUGAUGAUGAUGAGGAUGAAGGCCCAAGAGAGGUGGAUGAAGGUCCAAGAGAUGAUGCUGUGAAUGAAGAACAAGAUGAUAACUCUGAUUUAUAUGAUUCAGUCUGCGCAAUUUGUGACGAUGGUGGUAACAUUUUGUGUUGUGAUGGACCUUGUUUGCGUUCCUUUCAUGCCUACAAGUCAGCUGGAAAAAAUUCAUUGUGUAGAUCUCUCGGCUUCGCAACGGCAGCAGAUGUUGAAUUGAUUCAGAACUUCUUAUGCAACAACUGCUUAUAUAAGCAGCAUCAAUGCUUUUGCUGUGGCAAACUAGGCUCAUCUGACAAGACAAAUGGUGCCGAGGUAUAUGCUUGUGUUUCUGCAACAUGCGGUCACUUUUACCACCCAAAGUGUGUUGCAGAAUGGGUUUUUCCUCAUAGUGAAAGUGAAGCCUCUGAGUUUCGAACAAAAAUAAUAGCUGGGGAGUUCUUUACAUGCCCUGUUCACAAGUGUGUUGUUUGCAAACAAGGAGAAAACAAGGAGGUUAAAGAUUUGCGAUUUGCAAUGUGCAGAAGAUGUCCGAAAUCUUAUCACAGAAAGUGCUUGCCAAGGGAGAUAGCAUUCAAAAACAAUGAGGGUAUUGAACAAAGGGCUUGGGAUGAUCUUCAUCCUAAUCGAAUCUUGAUAUUUUGCCUAAAACACCACAUCAAGGAAGGACUGGGAACUCCAAUUAGAAAUCAUAUUAUAUUUCCUCAAAAUCCAGAGACUGAAAAACGUUUAGAUUUGCCAAAAAGAAAAGUUAAAGCAUCGGCAGAAAAGAAAAGUAUCAUUUCUAGUGAGUUGACAAAAAACCAGGUAACUUUAAAGCCAGUCAAAGUGGCUAGUUCAGAGGGAAAUCGCUCCAAGGAAAAAGUUGCAAGGAUAGUUGUUUCUCAGAAGAAAGAGCAGGAAUCAAUUGCCAGUCCACGGCAUGAACGGGGCAAAUAUGAGAAAAUUAUUGCGGGCGGUAAGAUUCCUGUAGAAGAGUCAAGGGGCAUAGCACCGGCCCCUUCUUCCAUAGUUGCAAAAAGACCAAGUUCAUUCCCUAGUAUAGAUAAUGAAGCAAAAGCACGGGCUUCAGAGAUAUUCAAACAGGUUUCAGCUUCUUUAAGCAUGGAAGAUAUAAUUAGAAAAUAUCCAAGGCCAUCUACUCAUUCAUAUGGCAGUGGUACAAGACACAAUAUUGAUAAGAGCAUUACACUAGGCAAGGUUGAGGGUUCUGUUGAGGCUAUUCGAACAGUAUUACAAAAGUUGGAGAAAGGAGGUUCUGUGGAGGAUGCUAAAGCUAUAUGUGAACCUGAGAUACUAAGGCAGAUGAUCAAAUGGAGGGAAAGGCUUAGAGUUUAUCUUGCACCUUUUCUCCAUGGAAUGCGCUAUACAUCUUUUGGCCGUCAUUUCACAAAUGUAGACAAGCUUAAACAGAUUGUAGAUAAAAUGCAGUGGUAUGUUCAGGAUGGUGAUACGGUGGUUGAUUUCUGCUGUGGUGCUAAUGAUUUCAGCAUUUUAAUGAAAGAAAAGCUUGAUUCUGCUGGAAAGAAAUGCAAUUUCAAGAACUAUGAUAUCAUACAACCGAAGAAUGAUUUCAAUUUUGAAAGAAGAGACUGGAUGACUGUGAAACCACAUGAAUUGCCAACUGGAUCAAAAUUGAUCAUGGGUCUCAACCCCCCUUUUGGUGUUAAAGCAGCUCUUGCCAAUAAGUUCAUAGAUCAUGCACUAAAGUUCAAGCCGAAGCUGGUUAUUCUUAUAGUUCCGAAGGAGACUGAAAGACUUGAUAAGAAACAAAGUAAAUAUGAUUUAAUAUGGGAAGAUAGUCAGAGUCUCUCAGGCAAGUCAUUCUACUUGCCCGGCUCUGUCGAUGUGAAUGAUAAUCAAUUGGAACAAUGGAAUUUGAGUCCACCUCCAUUGAAUCUGUGGAGCCGUGACGAUUGGACAGUGAAGCACAAAAGAAUAGCUGCACGCCAGGGACACAUAGUUGAAGACCAGGGGCCUCCAUUCAGAAAAGGAAUUUUAUCAGAGAAGCCAGUAGAUAGUCUUCCAGCAGAGGACCAUACGGAAGCUGAAAUUUUGGUGAAGGAUGCCACUUUAGAAGAGAAAAAAGCUAGAGAUGAAAACCAUAAAAGCUCUGAUGGUACCAAGAGAAAGAUCUCUCCCGGACAUGCGAGCACUAUUUCUCGUAAAAGGAGAAGAAAGAAAAAGGGUCAGGUGCAGGAAGAGAGGAAGAACGAUGUUGAGCUAUCAGACAUUAGCAUCUUGCCCGAUCAGAAUAGAAAUACACCAAGUCAUCUUCCGUUGGAACCAUCAUCUGUAGCUCCACAGGAAAGAGACUCACAUUUUACUACUGGAGUAGAGUUUUCUUUUAAAGCGGGAGGUGGCCCUGCGUCGUCAGUGAUGGAUCGGUAUGCUCCACAUCUUGAUAUGACAAAGUAUGCAAUGCCCAUUAGUCAGGUCCCGUUCGGCCAGUGUCCUGGAAGAAGUGAUCCAUAUGACAACAUCCAUGGAGCAAGGAGGGACCAAGCUAACUUCCCUCGAUUUCCAUCUGGACCACAUUCAUCUUCCUCCAGUCGAGGCAAUUCUUGUGGUUGGAUAGACUAAUCACAGAAGUUUUGACAGAUGCUGUUCGUUGUCCAGUGGCCGGCAAAAAAGAGACAGUUAUCCAUUUUUGUCUGCAAGAUCCACGCACUUUCUUGCUCUUAAAAAUGUCAUAUGAGCUAUAGUUGUGAUUAACACUUUUUACGACGUCCGGAAUUCAUAUUAGCAUUCACAUGGUGGUUUGCACA